CUUUGUGAUCCAACAUUAAAUUUCCUCCAAACAUUAAUAUCGUCAAUUACAUGUGUGUCCACGAAACUCCUGUCAGCACUUAGGGUCAAUGCCACUGUUGCAUACACACACAAUUCGUUUGAAAACUGACAUUUCUUAAAUUUCAACACACUUUCUAAAGGGUUUGGGGUUUUUUUUUUAAAAAAAUCAUUUUGGGGUUGCAUUUUCUAUAAUAUCAUGGCUUUUCUAAUAAUCAGCUCGAAAACGACAACCAUGGAAGGACCAUAAAUGUAUAGUUUUUUUUUUUCCUGUUAGGCCGAGUUGGGUUGAGACAGUGAAUGCCCAGUAAGCAAUAUCAAGACCAUAACUAUUUUUUUUUUUUUUCCCUUAUGACCAUUGCAAAUUGUUUACCCGAAUCUGCUUUGUUUAAUCGCUGUGAAGAUCUCUCCACUGCUAAUUGACAACCAUUUUUUUAUUGUGUCCCAGAGAACCUAUAAAACAAAGCACUCACUCCAAGAAAACUGACAAACUUGGAAGUCUUAUGGCAGUCCUUGUUGUUGGAUAGUAAAGGACUAAUCUUUAUUGCCAAUUCAAAAGUUCUGUUCUUUGAGUUCAGGCUUUUCAGCUCGACCCUUUUCUUUAUUCUGUGUUUUGGAAUCAUGAAAGCAAAACGAGGGAAGCGGGCUGAGGCAUUUUGGCCCUCCAUUGUAAUGAAGAAAUGGCUUAAUAUUAAGCCUAAAUCAUAUGAUUUCAGUGAGGAUGAAGUUGAUACUGAAGCUGAGAGUGAGGAUGACGCUGAGUCUCUCAAGGAUGAAAGAAUGCAUCAUGAUGAUCAUGAACCCAGGAUGCCGGAGAAUCAAACUGAAUGUCACAUUCAAGAUUCAUACAAAUUUUCAGGGAAGUUCCCUAAAGAACACUCGUUGAGGCAUAAGAGAGGGAAAUCAGAAACUCUUAGAGUACAGUACAUAAGCAAAAAAGAUGUGAGAGUGACAGUAGGUACUUGGAAUGUCGCUGGAAGACUUCCGAGUGAGGAUCUUGAGAUCGACGAGUGGCUUUCUGUGCAAGAACCCUCUGAUGUUUACAUUCUUGGCUUUCAGGAGGUGGUUCCUUUAAAUGCUGGGAAUGUAUUAGGAGCAGAGAAUCGGAGGGCAAUUCCGAAAUGGGAGGCCAUAAUUCGCAGGACAUUGAACAAAUCACCAGAACGUGAAACUAUACAAAAGAGUUAUAGCGCCCCUCCUUCCCCAGUAUUAAGAACUUCUGAUGCUGCUGACGUUCUCGCUGAAGUUGCAGAAAUACCUAUCUUAGAUGCAACUUGUGCAGAACCCGUGGGUAAAAAAAGGUCCAAGGACUUGGUGCCUAUGCUAAGGAACAUUCAGCUGCGACGAAUAUAUGGUAUUGAUUGUGACAGUAGAUUGGACUGGCCUGAGCAUUCACUAGAUGCAACACCCCAAGUUCUUUCAACUAGCUUCAAGUUGCGGAGAGUUAUGAGCAGUUCUGGAAGGAUUUGUGGGGAGAGUCAAAUGCUUAAUUCCCAUCCUGAAACAUUAGUUUCCAAUGGGUUGAAAAGAGUUCAUAGCUCUGGAAACUUGACAUCAAUGUGGAUGGAUCAGCCACCUGAACUUGAAGUUCUAAAUCCUCUUUCUGAUGGAUCUGAUCAAUCUUCUGACGAAGUGGAUGAUUCUUUUGUUGAUAUGUCUGAGGUCCAACUUAAAUAUAUGCCUGUCAAAGAUUCAGUACAAUUACGCCCAAGGUAUGUACGGAUUGUCAGUAAGCAGAUGGUGGGAAUAUACAUUUCUAUUUGGGUGCGUCCGAAGUUGAGGAGACACAUUAACAAUUUGAGAGUAUCUCCUGUGGGGGUUGGCCUAAUGGGUUACAUGGGAAACAAGGGAUCUGUUUCUGUUAGCAUGACACUUUUCCAAUCAAGACUUUGCUUCGUUUGUUCCCAUUUGACCUCUGGACAAAAGGAUGAAGCCAAUGAUAGACGUAAUGCUGAUGUCUUUGAAAUUUUAAGGAGAACUCAGUUCUCAUCAGUUGUUGAAACCAAUCAACCUCAGACAAUCCCAUGCCAUGACCAGAUAUUCUGGUUUGGGGACUUGAACUAUCGCAUCAACAUGUCAGAUGAGGAAGUACGAAAGCUUGUUAGUAAAAAGCACUGGAGUGAACUUCUUAACAGUGACCAGCUAUGCAAAGAGCUACGAAGUGGGCAUGUGUUUGAUGGAUGGAAGGAAGGGCCAAUAAACUUUGCACCAACGUACAAGUAUGAGUUCAACUCUGAUAGAUAUGUUGGGGAACAUCAAAAAGAAGGGGAGAAGAAGAGAUCCCCAGCUUGGUAAGUAUUAAGUUUCUACAAGCCUGGAUGCAGUUAGGGACAAGAGGUGAUUGGAAGCUGAUUGACAGCAAUGCUAUGCUAAACAACUAAUAUUAGUGAAUAAUACACAGUGAUCUCUGGCGUAUAUUUGAUCGACAAAUUCAUUCACACUCCUCCAUCUCAUCCUGUUAAGUUAGUCAUAAGUCAUAACACAUCAUUCUUAACGAGAUAAUCACUAAUUUAUCUUGGCUCGUAUAAUAUGAUGUCACAUUGUAAUAUGAUCAUAUUUUCUUUUUCAGAGUCAGAGCGGUAAUCAGCAUAUUAAGUCGAUCAUCAUCUUUCAUAGAACAUAAAUCAGAGUCUUUGUCUUGUUUCUAAUUUAAAAAGCAACACAUUUCUUACUACAUGAAUAUGGUUGAAAGUUCUAUUUAUUGUCUUGUAAAAAAAUCUUAGUCUACAAGAACUGAAAAUCGCGCAGGUGUGAUCGUAUUCUGUGGCUGGGCAAGGGCAUAAAGCAGCUGUCUUACAAGCGAGCAGAAUUGAGACUCUCUGACCACCGACCCGUGAGUUCAAUAUUCCUGAUUGAGGUCGAAAUCUUUGAUCAUCACAAGCUCCAUAAGGCUCUAAAACCAAGUGCAGCUGUUCAUCCUGAGAUUUUUGUGGAUGAAAAUGGAGAACUCGAUUUGUAGUUCCUGGUGCCCAAGAAAAUAUUCUAAUUGGUAAAUACUGCAUUUUCCCAAUUGGCGUCUAUAACUGUAUUUCUUGCCUUCUCUUUAUCUGGAGCUGAAAGACGUGAUAUUUUCUUGUUGACGAGUCAUGCCGGUAUAGAUCACUCAUUGAUCUUUUAUAGUGGUGUCGACAGGUAGCUGCAAUAUCAAGGGCUUGGCAGAGAGCAGAAGCGGAAGCUUAUCAGCUCAUACUUACAAUUAAGAAUCUCUUUUUUCCUCGGAUUCAGCCUCGGCAUCAAUGUUAAUCAUCCAUUUGGAGUCAUCUGAAUUUUGUAGAUGCAGAAUGGAAUAACUCAAAGCAGAAAAAAAAGUAAAUAGCUACAGCUGUAACUUUGGAAUUGUUUUAUACCGUAUAACAAAUUUUGGUAGUUGCUAGGUAUGGAGUUCACCUGAUGAAAGGGUAGAUAAUUUUUCGCAAUUUAUGUAUAUAACACGACGAACCUCACGAACUGGUUUUUUAACCUUCUGUGAACUUGUGUUUGAUCAUAGCAAAGAGCUGGGGAGAACAUUGACUGGUUCUUUAAUUCAUUUUUGAAUAUUUAUUUUCUGAUUGGAAAUCUUUGUAACCCCUUAGAAGUUCUCUUUCAUAAUGUUAGUCUUUAUUAUUUUUCUUUUCCAUUCCAGAUAUUUUUUUUCCCUUCCUCUUCUGUAUGGGACAGUUCCAAUCUUCUUCAAUUCAAAAACAAAAUGAUUGGUGACCCAAGUCUUCUUCCGAUCUUCCAAUCAAUGUCACUACUGACAUUUUAAAGACUACAUGUUUGUAAAAAUAUAUAAAUAUAUUGGUGUUAUUCUUACCAUCCAUGGAAUAG